AUGAUCCCUUCACCAGCCUCGGCGCGCGCCGCCUCGUCCAGCACCACCACUCUCACCACCAUCCUCGCCAUUCUUCUCCUCCUACACCCCGCCGCCGUCCUCGCGGCCAAAUCGCUCCCCGUUCCCCUCCCAACACUCCCCUCCGUCACCGCCGGCGCACCGCCGGACCACAACCACCACCAAAACGCCAACGUCAACCGCCGGGAGCAGCAGCCCUCGGCGCCGUACACCCCGCUCGUCACCCAGGCGCCCUCGGCCGUCCCGGACGCCGACGUCCUGCAGGGCCAGGGCUUCCGCCAGGAGACCUACUACACCUGCAUCACCGCACCCAGCGGCCGUGAGCACUGCGGCUGGCACACGCCGCUGCUCCGCCUGCCGGACAAGGAGGGCAGCGCCGCCGCCGUCGUCGCCGCCCCGGGGGGGCACCGCGCCACAGACACCCGCGUCGUCGUUGCGGCAGUCGCCGCGCUGGCAGGGCUCUUCGCCGUCGGCAUGAUGUGA